GAAACGUACAGUAAAAGACGGGUAUAAACCAUGGUUGUUCCUAUAAGAGCAAAGGGAGAAGCGCGUGGGAUGACAGGAAGAAUCCAGAGAGAGAAGCCAUGAAAGUUUAAAAACUUCAAAAAAUAAAUGGGUCUGAAGUGGGGUGGUGCGGGCAGUUGGAGCUGAAUGAAUGUUUUCCUUGAUUGGGAAAAAAUGGGAGUAUGGGGGUGAAAGUGAGACGGCAACGAAUGGGUGGGGGCGUGGGGGUAAAUUUGGCAUUGCACAGAAACACGAAACAAAUAAAACAACUCACCAAUAUGUGCAUAUGGGUGUGGGGACUGGGGAGAGGGGUCGACUGCGACUGGACGGCUGCUGCUUCUUUGUUUCCAAUUACUGCAAUUACUGCUCCUACAGACCUCUCUGAAUCUUCUUUUCAGAUUGCAGACAUAGGGACAUCCUUGGAGAGGGGAGGAUUCUCUGGUUUUCGUGUCAUCUCCAUCAGUAGAUUCAUCGUGGUUAUCAUCCUCAGAUCAGAAACGAAUUUUUUAAGGCUUUUAUCAAGAAGAACUUGGAGAGCAAAUGGCCAUCAGAUGUAUCUCUCUAAAUGGGAUCCUCUCUUAGAAGAUAAACGUGACAGCCCUAUGGUUCUUGUAUGGGUCACACUUAAACAUAUUCCUUUCUUCCUUACUAGCGCCCAAUCCCUCUUCUCUGUCGUCAAAACUCUGGGAAAACCCAUUCAAAUGGAUGAGACCACAGCGAGGGGUGGCUACUUCAAUACUGCCAGAGUGCUGGUGGAGAUGGACGCGUCCAAGGCCAGGCAAUCCUCUAUUCUGGUACGUACUCCAGCCUGGGAGCGUGAAAUUAAAAUCAUUUAUGAUCUUCCUCCUUUUUGCUUGGCUUGUGGUCGCUGGGGUCACUGCUGCAAAACUGAUUCCCAGCCCGUCGGAAAAGUCCUCACCGGCGGGAGAACGGAGGGGAGGCUGCAAGCUGCUAAGGAAGUCAGCCAGCUGCAGGAUUAUAAGCUUAAGUUGGGAAUGACCAAUGCAUCCUCCCACCUUAAUAACCAAUUGUGGAUCUUCUGGAAGGAACCAAGCCUAACAUUGAUCCAAACAAUUGAAUGCACCCAAAUCAUUCAUUGCCAAUUCAACUCAGCUGCACUUCAUAGCCCGUUGUGGAUCUCUUCUGUGUAUGGCAGGCACACCAGGGCUGAACGAGCUAAUUUAUGGAAUGCAAUUUCCUCUUGGAACGUAGGCAUGGACCCCUGGAUACUUGGUGGAGAUUUUAACUGCAUCCACAGUCUUGACCAACACAAAGGGAACUGCAAUCCUUGCUAUAAAUCAGUGGAGGAUUUUAGAGAAUGCAUGGAAGCUUCUAAUCUCCUCUAUAUUCACCCCUCAGGAGGACAUUUCUCUUGGAGUGGGAAACGAAGCCAAGGAAAGUUAUGGCGCAGACUUGACCACAUCUUUGGCAAUCAACAUUUGAUGGAUAGGGCUAACCGUGUACACCUUUCUAUGCUUAGAAAGGGAGCAUCAGAUCACAGGCCUUUCCUCCUGGAACUUUCUAUGAACACUUACUCUGGUCCCAAACCAUUCCGUUUCCUGGAUUUGUGGGUUUCACACCACACUUUAGAAAGCACCAUCAAAUCUUUCUGGGAGAACAAUAAAACUUACAAUGGCAUGAAAGGCCUUGGGAGAAAACUCAAGGAUCUCAAGGCCAUUUUGACCAAGUGGAGCAAGGAUGAUUUUGGUAAUAUCUUCCAUCAACUUAAGGAGGCAGAAUCUCGAGCUAGCAGGGCCCAAGACCAUUUCGAGGCGAACCCAAACCCUGAAUCCUUGGUUGAAUUCAAUAAGUCCAAUGCUGAACUUCUCUUGCUCUCCAAAAGAGAAACUGAUUUUUGGAGGCAGAAGUCUUGCAUCAGGUGGUUAAAAGAGGGGGAUGCUAGUGCAAAAUUCUUCCAUAAUGUGGUCAAAAAUAGGCGCCAGAAGCUUAGGAUCUCUUCUCUUAAGGAUGACCAUGGUAGGACUAUUGAGGAGGCCAGCAACAUUGCGUUACAUGCAAUAGAUUACUACACCAAUAUCUACUCAGAUGAACCAGUCAGUAUUGACCCGCAGCUGCUUUCAUACAUUCCCAAUAUCAUUAAUGGAGAGGAUAACUUAAUGCUUUGUGCGGUUCCACAAGAGGAGGAAAUAAGGGGGGCCAUUUGGGACCUCAACUCUCAUAGUGCACCAGGCCCGGAUGGAUACAAUGGGACCUUCUUCAAAACCUACUGGCACAUCAUCCAUGAUGAAGUGACUAGAGCAACCCAAGAAUUUUUCUUGGGUCUGCCCAUCCCUAAAUCCUAUGGGGCGACUCUCCUCACUCUGAUUCCUAAGGUGGACAACCCUAAAUCUCUGGGAGACUACAGGCCGAUCUCAUUAUCCACAUUCCUCUCCAAAGUCAAUACUAAAAUCCUUGCAAAUAGACUGGGUUCACUCCUUCACAAACUCAUCAGUCCCGAGCAAAGUGGGUUUCAAGCAGGUAAAGGAGUGGAAGAAAACAUCCUCCUCACCCAGGAGAUGAUCCACUGCCUUGACAACACCUCUGGAAGCGCCAACAUUGCUAUCAAAGUGGACUUCGCCAAAGCUUUUGACAGAAUUUCAUGGCAAUUCUUAGAGGCUACUCUAAGCUCUUUUGGAGGUCUAGGCAUUAGACACCUGGAAGAUGUAGAAGCAGCUUACUCAACCAAACUUUGGUGGAAGAUUAGAAACUCACAAGGCCUUUGGGGGGAAUACAUGAGGAGAAGAUACAGGCCGGAUUCUUUUCAAGAACGUCCUACAGACACGGUUACCUGGAAAAGGGCUGCAAGGAUCCAUAACUGGGCCUUACAACAUGUCCAGGAAGUGGAUGAAACCGACACCUGGGAGGGAGAGCCCUUCACCACCAAGUUGGCAUACCACGCCUGGAGGGAUUCUAAGCCUAUCUCUCUUGCCCAUAAGAUGAUUUGGAACAAGCUUCAGAUCCCAAAGAUCAGCCUCUUCAUGUGGAAAGCUUUCAAUAAUAUACUCCCCUUCCCGGAAAACUUAUCCAGGUUUAACCUUGCCCUUCCUUCCCAAUGCAGCUUCUGUCUCAACGGCCCGCAGGACCUCAACCAUACCCUCCUCCAGUGUCAAAUGUCCUUCAGAAUUUGGAGGUUCUUCUCAGCUCUAUUUGAUGGUCCCAUUCGUAGUAGGGAAGAUACCCUACACGAUACCUGCAUGAAAUCGUGGAUUAGCACGCCAAGGAACAAGCUGCAGGAUAAAAUCACCUCGGUCCUCCCCGGCUUCAUUGCAUGGGGACUAUGGAAGGCUCACAACGAAGUGAAAUACGCCGGGAAAGCCUUCAAAGAAGGGACUAUUAUCGCAACAAUCAUGAAGACGAUACAACAAUGGAUAUGGAUUCACAAAGGCAAGCAAUGGAUGCAUAUGGAUGAAACGUUGAAGUCCUUGGGUUUUCGUUUGCACUUUAAUAGAAAUAACUCUCAAUGCUUUUCUGUCUUCAAACCAUCCUCUUCAACUCCUCCCCUCAAUCAUCCCGCAGCUCAAGUCAGCAGCUCACAUCCUCCUCCCCUACGCCACUUGCAGCAACCUCCACCACAAAGGAAACCCAGGUACGAAGGAAUUUCUCCUCUGCCACCCUACUCCUCAGUCCUAGUUCCACGCCAUGACAUCAAGCGCUCCUUUGCACAUGUCAUUGGCUCCUCCCCCCUACCUCCCAUCAAUCCAUAUCCUCCAAAACCAUCUCCAAACACAAAGGUCCUGGAACAGAUUGGAUUCAGAAAUAGCUACUCAGUGGGAGUCCUGGCCCCUUCUCACGUCCUCCUUACCUUUUCCAACGCUGAAGACUACCAACAGUGCUUCUCCAAAAGGAUAUGGCAAAUUCAAGGUUGCCCCAUGCAUGUCUUCAAAUGGAGCCCUGAAUUUCACUGUGAUGAGGAAAGCCCUAUUUUCCCAGUCUGGAUCACGCUUGAACACCUCCCAAUCCAUUUUCAUGACCCUCUUGCUCUCCAUGCAAUAGCUAAGAUUUUUGGCACUCCUCUUAUGUUAGAUGCAGCAACAUCCUCAAGAACCAGACCUUCUGCCGCCAGAUUCUGCGUGGAACUUGACGUCACCAAGGAACUUCCGGCGAAGUUCUUCUUGGACAAUGGCGGGAAAGGGUUGUGGCAGCAAGUCACGUACGAACAGCUACCCCAGUACUGCGUUGAUUGCCAAAGUCAGGCCACUCAUCAGGGGACUGUGCCAAGGGCAAAACUCCAAUUCCUCUGGCUAAACCCACCACUACAACACCCCAAACAGGUUCUUUUUUGGAAUGUAAGAGGAAUCCCUUCCUCUCAAGAUCGCCUUCAUCAACUCUCACACAGUCACAAUGUCAAACUCUUGGGUAUCCUGGAGCCCAUGAUACCCUCAACCCAACUGACCUCCAUUGGUUACCAACUCAAUCUCCACAAGCAUCUUCAUGGCCUCUCGAACAAAGCUUGGUUUCUUUGGGAUCCUAAUCACUUCACCCUAGUUAACCACUAUGAACAGAAUCAAGUGCUUCAUGGCCAGUUCACACAUAUACUCACUUCCAACACUUUCUGGCUCUCCAUAGUUUAUGGAUUACAUUCGAGAACUGCACGCCUCCCUCUUUGGAAUUCUCUCAGGGCACACUCCUCCUCCCACAACCUCCCAUGGAUCGUAGGAGGAGAUUUUAAUUGCAUAACUAGUCCAAAUGAACACAGAGGGAAUGCACCACCAUGUUACCCAAGCAUAGAGGACUUCAAUUCCUGCAUCUUAGACUGCAACCUAAUCCAACCUCACCAUGACGGCCCCCUCUACACUUGGUCUGGCAAAAGAUCCAACGGCAUGGUAUCUAGAACACUUGACCGCUUCCUCCUCAACCCCAAAGCAGACAGCAUUUUCCCCAAUACUCAUUACUCCAUCCUCAACAAAACCACCUCUGAUCACAACCCAAUUCUUCUCCAAUUCUCAUACCAACCUCGCAACACACCCAAACCCUUCCGGUUCCUCAACCUUUGGACUACUCACUCUUCCUACACCACCACUGUCAAGGCAACUUGGGAGGCCACCCACACGGGGAGGGGGAUGCAUGGACUCUAUCUCAAACUCAAAGCCACACAAACCAGCCUAAGCAAAUGGAGCAAAGACACGUUUGGAAAUUUCUUCACCGCUGUAAAAUUUGCUGAGGAGGCAUGUACUAGAGCAGAAGCAGAUUAUGAAAGCAACCCUAAUGACUAUACACGUUCCCUCUGGGGAGAGGCCAAAGCACAUCUUUUGAAGAGUAUCCACACAGAGGAAGCUUAUUGGAGACAAAAAGCAAACGCCAAAUGGAUCUCCCAAGGGGAUGCUAACACUUCUUUUUUCCAUGCAGCAUGUAGGGCAAGAUGGCGAAAGCAGCAUAUUCACUCCAUCCUCAACAAACACGGCAAUCUCAUCUCCAAAGAGAUAGAUAUCCUGGAAGCAGCUACUCACUACUAUGCAGACCUCUACAGCCACCAUCCCACCACCAACAUGGAAGCAAUCCUCCAACACAUACCAUGCACGAUUACCGAAGCCCAGAACACUGCUCUUUGCAGACUCCCUUCCAUUGAAGAAGUCAAAAAUGCAGUUUGGGUUCUGGAUCCAAACAGUUGCGCUGGACCAGAUGGAUUUAAUGGCACAUUUUAUCGGCAAACAUGGGACAUUAUCCAAGCAGAUGUUUGUAGUGCCAUCCAAGAAUCAUUUCUAGGUAUCAUUCCGCCAAAGGCCAUGAGGAAAUCCAAUAUGGUCCUAAUCCCCAAAAAAGAUUCCCCCACAACCUUCUCUGACUUCCGCCCCAUCAGCCUUACAAAUUUCUCUUCAAAAAUCAUCACCAGAAUUUUGGCAUCAAGACUCACCACCCUUUUGCCAUGCAUUAUCUCCAUGGAGCAAGGAGGGUUUGUACCCGGAAAAGACAUCAACGAUCACACCCUUCUAGCACGAGAACUCAUCCACCUUAUUGAUCGUAAAACAGAAGGAGGGAACCUAGCCCUAAAGCUUGACAUCACAAAAGCCUUUGACACUAUCUCGUGGGAUUAUAUCUCGCAAUGCCUAAACAGAUUUGGAUUCAACCAGAAGUUCACUUCCCUAGUAAUGAACUCCAUCCAACACAGCAUUAUCUCCACCCUGGUGAAUGGAACCCCUUCCAAACCCUUCAACCCCAGGAGAGGCGUGAGACAGGGCGACCCAUUGUCCCCAUACAUUUUUAUCAUUGCAAUGGAAGGCUUCACACGUUCCCUGAACAAACUUGUCUCCACAGGCCAUCUCACAGGUUUUAACACAGGCAGAAUUCAAAUGGUUAAUCACCUAUCUUACGCGGAUGAUGUGCUCGUAUUUACCAAUGGUUCUAUUCACAACCUCAAGAAGCUAAAAAACUUCCUUAGCAACUUCGAAGAAUCAACUGGACUCCACCUCAACCUCACGAAAAGCCAGAUAAUCUCACCAAAGCCUUCCUCCAACCAUGCAAAACGCCAAAAAGACUGCUUGGGAAUGAAACUAGCCUCACUGCCAGUAACCUACCUCGGCACUCCCAUCUACAAAGGUAUAAACAGGGUGAAAUACUGCCAAGAUCUCCUUAGCAAGAUUGAUAACAAGCUCUCCAGCUGGAAAAUGCACACCUUAUCACAAGCUGGGAGGCUCACUCUCAUAAAACAUGUACUCUCCACCCUCCCUUUACACACCAUGUCCUCCUCCAAACUUCCUGAGGGUGUCCUCACCAUGAUUGAGCGCAAGCUUUGCCACUUCUUCUGGGGGAAAACAGAUGACCAUACAAAGCAUGCAUGGAUUUCCUGGAAAAAGAUCUGCACACCAACGACGGAAGGAGGUCUUGGGAUCCCUAACCUUCACACUCUUCAACAAUCGCUAGGAUGCAAGCUCUGGUGGAAGUAUCAUUUCACCUCCUCCCCUUGGGUAUCCUUUCUCAAGCAGAGCUACCAUCGCUCCGGAAAUUUUACUACAACCCUUAUUGAUAGCCCAAUUUGGAAAAGGAUAUGCCAAACAAAUGACUUCUGCGUGGAAAACUCAACCCUCAACAACGAAAGUCUUGAAUGGAACCUUGGAGAUAAUGGUUCCUUCUCUCUCAAAGAGGUAACUGCAAAACUCCAUGGCCCUGAACCCUCACUGCUCACUGCCCGUAUCCCCUGGCCCAAGAAAUGCAUCCCAAAGGCAAGCCUUUUCCUAUGGAAAACCCUGAACGGUGCCACCCCCUUUGCCAACAACCUUGUGAAACUAGGUUACAAUCUCCCCUCUAUGUGCCUCCUUUGCGAAAGAGAUCUGGAAACUAACCUACAUUGCCUCAUGCAGUGUCCAAAAGCUUCCUAUAUCUGGAACACCUUGGGAGGAAUGCUGCAAAUGCCUGUAAUUACUAACUCCUCCUUUCAACACAACCUCAUUAUGUGGUGGCUCUCCUCAGCCCCGGCGGACCCCCUCUACCAUCUCAAACCAAACAUCCCAAGCAUCAUCACCUGGGAACUAUGGAAAACUUACAACCGGAUCAAAUUGGGUGGUGACCACUUCCUCCCUGGAAAAACCCUUGAGAUCAUCAAACACACCUUGAAUGCAUGGUCUCUUGCUCACAAGGGUAUCCCCAUGCCUCGAACUCUCAGAAGAAUCCCCUCCAAACCAUUCAAACUCGUCCGCUGGAUUCCUCCCAACCGCUACCAAUACAAGCUUAACGUAGAUGGUAGCAUGAACAGAAAUGGUUGUGGAGGAGGAGCUGUUCUCAGAGACCACCAAGGAAACUUCCUCCAUGCAAUCGCCUUCCCACUUCCUUUCACUUCCCCCGCAACCACAGAAACACUCGCAAUGGCACAGGCCCUAAGCAUCUACACUUUCCCAAACAUGAUCGUGGAAACGGAUAGCAUGGAACUCAUAAACAACGUACGAGGAAUCUCCAACUCUAAUGCCCUCACAUCCAUCCGGUUCAAUCUCCAGGUGUCCAACCACCAUCUCACUCACACCCUAAGGGAGGCCAAUGGGGUAGCUGAUCUUCUGGCGAAACUCGGAUCAUCAUGCUCGCAACGGUCAAAGAUAUCCGUUGCAAAAUCUUUAUUGAAGAACGCCUUGAAAGCACAAGUAGAAUACUUGGCUAAAGAGGUAGCCAAGCUUACGAAGAUGAAACUCAACGAGCUCCAAGGAAGUGACCGUGAAGAAGACGUUAGCUCUAGUGGAACCAUGAAACCUAAAGCCAAUGAAGGUUCUGACUUCAAAGUUGACAUUCCAACUUUUGAAGGGAAGAACGACCCGGACGAGUUCCUCAAGUGGCUAGAAACAGUGGAACGCGUCUUUGACUUCAAAGAUGUUUCCGACGAAAAGAAGGUCAAGAUAGUGGCCUUAAAGUUCCGGAAGUAUGCAUCAACUUGGUGGACUAAUACAUGCACCAAGAGAAGAAGAAACGACAAGGAACCGAUGUCCACGUGGGUAAAGAUGAGGUCCCUUCUAAAAAAGAAGUUUUUACCCGCCGAAUAUGUUCGUGAGAAUUUUGCUAAGCUUCAAACGCUUAGACAAGGGUCUAAGUCCGUUGAAGAAUACAACCGGGAGUUUGAAGAGCUCUUGCUGAGAUGUGACUUGCAAGAAGACGAUGAACAAACCUUUGUUCGUUACCUAUUCGGCUUAAACCUGCAAAUAGCCAACACGGUGGAGUUGCAAAGUUACGACUCUCUUGAAGAACUCACGAAGUUGGCCCUCAAAGUUGAAGCUCAACAUAAGAAAUCCAAAGCCUUUUUCUCCAAAAAUAACACCCCUUCCCCACGCCCCUACUCCUCCACAUCCAAACCACCUUACCCUUCAUCAAAAUUACCUUACACUACCCCCAAAAAUCCCACUACUGCCCACAGCACAAACCCCUCCUCCUCCUCCCCAUCUACCUCAAGAAACCCCUCCUCCUCUUUCACACCCCGGGCUGAUCCCACCAAGAAAGCACCUGAGCUGUACAAGGAAGAUGAAGACUUCAAGGACACUUAUUCUAAGUGCCUCAUUCGGCCCUAUGGAGAUUUUCUUGUCAAAGACGGUUAUCUCUUCCGUGGUAAUCAACUGUGCGUCCCGAAAUGCACCGUUGUGUAGAAUCCUAUUUCGUGUUCUUCAAACACACCUUCUUACGGUCGAGAAUAGCCGUUAAAUUCUCACAUUGUAACGGUCAAGGAUAGCCGUAUAAAUCCUUGGGUAAAGGUUCAAGGAUAGCCUUUGAAAUCCUUGGG